AUGAGAGAUGAUCCUCUGUAUUCAUCUCUUGAAGAGUCACUUCAGAAAGGGAUUGCUUUAAUUGAGAAAUACUUUGAGAAGGCUACUCGUUCUAGUGCUCAAAUUAUUAAUCUGUUUUUGAAUCCCCUUACAAAAGGGCACUACUUUAAGGAGUUUUGGUCUGAAAAGGGUCAGGAGACUGCUUUCAAAGUUAUUAAUACUGUUGUGAGUCUUUAUUUUUUCUCUAAUUAUUUAAUAUCUAAUCCUGAGAUUGGUUCUAGCACUUCUCAUAAACCCUUAGAGAAGUCAGCUUCACUCCCCUAUGGACACAAGCGGAUGCAAGCAGCAGCUCUAGCAAUGAGAAGACAAUUUGGAGACAAGCCAAAGGAUCCUCAUGAAGAACUUACAAGGUACACUAAUGAUGUUGAAGAUAUAGACCCUAACAAGGGUUUGGAUCUAUUACUCUGGUGGAAGGAGAAUGAAUUCAGGUUCCCUACCCUUUCCCGGAUUGCAAGAGACUAUUUGCCUAUUCAAGCAUCAUCAGUUCCAUGCGAGCGGCUCUUUUCAAUGGCAGGGAUUGCAGAUACAAAGCGGCAGAACAGGACAACUUCAAAUAUUUUUACUUUGUUCCAGAUGGUGUGUGAC